AUGCCUUCUCGCGAACUAGAAUACCCCAAACAGCCGUACAGCACGGUCAAGCGACUCAACGACAGAGCCCGCUACUCUCUCGAAACCAUCCACGGCAUCAUCAACUCCUCCCCCUUCCUCAAUGUCGCCUUCCAAGACUCUUCCUCCCCCUUCCCCGCCGUCCUUCCCAUGAUCGGCCAAAUGGGUUCCUUUUCUCGUCCUUCCGCCGACCUAGGCGACGUUCUCGACUUGUACCUGCACGGCUAUGUUUCCUCUCGCCUCAUGAAUCUAGCUCGAACCUCGCCAGACGGCGAGGAAGGAACCCCCCUAACCAUAACCGCCACCCUCCUAGACGGCUACGUCCUCUCCCUCACCCCCAACUCGCACUCGUACAACUACCGCUCCGCCAUUCUGUUUGGGUAUGCCGUCCCCGUGACCGACCCGGCCGAGAAGCUCUGGGCAAUGGAACUAGUGACCAACAGCGUCGUUCCGUCUCGGUACCAAAACACUCGCACUCCGCCCAAUAACGCCGAGAUGCAAAGCACGAGUAUACUCAAAGUCAAAAUCAAGGCGGGCAGUGCAAAGAUUAGAAGUGGAGAACCACAUGAUGAGCGGGGGGAUUUGGGCAACCAAAAAAUAAGAGAAAAGACGUGGGUGGGUGUCGUGCCUGCUUGGACGCAGUUUGGGGAGCCGGUGGCGGGAGGGUAUAAUCAGGUGGAUGAGGUGCCGCGGUAUUUGGAGAGUUGGAGGGUGGAGGGGAAUGAGGAACGGAGGAGGGAGGCGUAUGAGGCUGUGAAGGAGGGGGGGAAGGGGAAGAAGGGGGAGGGUGAACAAGUUGCUUUUCACGAAAUCAUCCGCAUCAGUCCCCUGACAAGACCAACAUGCCUCUCAACCCGAUCACCACGAAAAAUCCGAAUUCCGAUCCAGGCACGUCAUAACUCAUCCACCAGCGAUCCUCCGAUUGCCCAAUAUGACGACAACAACCCCAACCACCGCUACUGGUGGACCGCCUGCGCUCCAUCCCUCACCUCCAUCCUCCGCCACUCCCAAUCCUACACCCCCUCUCAACAAUCCCUCCACAUCUCUUGGUUCCGCAACAACGUCAUCCCCAACCUCGGCCCGCGUCCAUCUUCUUCCUACCGCCUCUGUUCCCCUCUCAACUACGAAGGCUCUCCCUACCGAGCAACUUGGAACUUUUGCUCUGCCCCCGCCGGGUCUCCAUCGCCAUCCUCGGUGGUAGGGACGCUAAGGUUUAGUUUCGACCCAAUACCUGACAAUGGAAGCAUCAAAGAAGACCCGACGAACCAAGAGGAGUAUAAGCGGUUAUUCCCCUUACUUGCCAGGGAGUGUCAUGGAAAAGGGGAGACAAAUGCCGAUUUAACCUGGUACGACGAGGUUAAAGAGCACAUGUACCUGACUCCGUCGGAACAGGCGGUACUUCAGUCGAAGUUUAUCCCUAGAUCUAGUCAACUACCGCCAGAGCACGCAGCCAUCGCCAUUGGGUGCGUGGGGGAGAAGAGGGUAUUGAAACCCUACUUCUUCGCUGGACCAAAGAGUAUGGUAACGGGGUUCUAUGAGAUGCGUCCGGGGAAAGAGGAGCCGGAGGUGAAGGUGUAUGUGCCGCUGAUGCAGAUUUUUGAGACGGAGGAAGCGAUAAUUGAGGGACUGGAAGAGGUGUGGAGGGGGUUUGGAUGGGGAGAGCUGGGAAAGGGGGGGUAUGGGGAGGCAAUUAGGGAGGCUUUUCCGCAUGUGGAUUUCAAGAAGGCUCCGGGGACACAUACUUGGGUGUCAUUUUCUUAUUCGGAUCGGACGGGGCCGUACAUGACGGUUUAUUUGGCUCCCAGGCUUCAGGAGGGGUAUGAUUUGGGCGUCGUGCGGGAUGGAACGUAA